AUGGAAACGUUUGAAACUUUAACUAAUAAAAUAGAAGAAGUUGUUGAAAACUGUUUGAAAGAAAAUGAAGAACAUUAUCAAGAUAAUAUACAAACAUAUUUGAAACCUUUAAUUUAUGAAGAAGACGGGUUGAAAGAAAAUAUUGAUCAAAAAAAAACAAUCCUUGAACACAUUUUCAAAAAAAUAUCAAUGAGAUACUCGCUUUGUCCAGAUGAUCGACUAAUUCCAAAUUCGUUUAAACUUUUAGAGUUCAUAUUAGCGGUAGCUGAGGCAGAAAUGUGCGAGUAUACUUUGCCUUUGACGAUUUUAGAAGAAUUAUUAGAAAUGCAACCAAUGAAUGUUUGUGAGAAACUAUAUGAAUUUCUAGAAAUACAUAAACAAAGAUUAUUAGUGGAUUUGAAACCUACUCAAGGAAAAGGAUUGGUUCUUUUAAGACUUUCAAAUGAACUUAUUCGAAGAGCAUCAAAAUCAAAUCAUAAUGCAUUUCGUGGUCGUAUUUUAAUUUUCUUGUCAAAUUCAUAUGCGCUUGGAGAACGUUCAGACGAAGAUGCAGAAUUUUAUAAUAUCUUUUGGCAACUUCAAAAGUUUUUUACUAAUCCACCCAAAAUAUUUGAAGGGAAUAAUAUAGAAAUUGUUCUUGAAAGUAUUAAUACUGUUUUAGAAAACUUUGACAAUAUAAUGAUUAGAGAAAAGGAUAGGGCAAAAACAGAACAAAUGAGUAGCAGUAGUAAUAACAAUAUUGAUUAUCAAUCACAAACCCAGAUAAAAUCAAUUUCAGAAGAUAACAACAAUGAUCUCGUAAUGUCGAAUAAAUUAAAUGAAGAAGGUUUAGAUAUUGUCACAGCUGCUAAUGACUUGGUUAAAUACUUUCCAAAGUACUUGACUAGCUAUGCACUUUUUGAUAAAGAGUUGUCUGAUCCAAAUUUUAGAAGAAUUAUUUUAUUUCAAUUCCUUGUUAUUUUACAAUAUCUUACAGGAUUUUUUCCAGAUGAAAAGGCUCGUCUUGAACAAGCCAAAGGUGGUGCGUCUAGUACAAAUGCAGUACAGUUACCACCUUAUGAUAUAAAUGAAGAACAGCAAAAAGUAAUUCAAAAUCUUUGGAAUAGAAUUUUACAACAUUUAGAAGAAAUUACACCAGAUGGAAAACAUUUUGCAAGAACAGCAAGACAUAUACUUCAUAUGGAAAAAAAAUGGAAUUAUUGGAAAUUUGCUGAAAAUUGUAAAGAUCUAAAAAUUACUGAUCCUCAAAUUGAUGAAAAGUUGAAAAAUAUAAGGAAAAGAAAACAAGAGUUAUGUAAGCCUCUACCACCAUUGAAAUGGAAAAUGGGAACAGAAAGACUUACUGAACUUUGGGAUACUGCAAACAAAGUCAAUGAUCGAGAAUUUAUGGCUGAUAAAAGACGUAAAAGAAAUACACCUUCAUUUGAAGAAAUUUAUAAUAAAAUCAAAGAAGAAGGAUACCCGCCCGAAAGAGGAUUUAUUUUUAAUGAAAAUGACUCAUCUGAGCAAAGAGCAGAAAAAGAAAGUGGAUGGGCAAAAAAAUGGCUCGCAUUAAGAGUUGCUAGACAAAAUUAUCUGCUUCAUUUUAACAAACCAGCAAAGAAGGAUGCUAAAGGAAAAAUUAAUAAAGAGAUAGAAGAAAAGAAAGAUGAUAUUGAAGCAUUGAAGGUCUUGAUCGAUGAAAAUCCUACAUGUAGCAGCAGCGUUAACAUAAAAAAAGAACAAAAUUAA